AUGUUGUGGAUUUAUCAGUGUGUGGGAAUUUUCGGUCACAUGAUGUACAAUGUUAAUGUGGACACCUUAAUUGCCGGGUUGAUGUUGCACGCGAUCGCACAAGUUAAGGUUAUCGAUAGUGAAUUGAGGAAUUUAAAAAGGAGAAAUUGUCACCCAGACGAGAACCUAAAGCUUGACAAGUGUUUGAGACAUUACGACAUGUUGUUAAACUACGUUUCCGUCGUACAAGAUAUAACUAGCGUCACGAUGUUCAUUCAGUUCAGCGUUGCUUCUGGAUCCAUCUGUGCAAUAUUAUGCAGUUUGUUCAUGCCAAAAUCAAUACGAGAUCUUAUAUCCGUCCUGCUUUAUAUGUCUGCGUAUGCUUUCGUUAUGCUAUUGCAAAUUUUCGUGCCAGCUUAUUUCGGAACUCAAUUGAGAUAUUCAAGUCAAGCGCUAGUCAGUGCAGCUUACAGUUCGGAGUGGAUCUCCAGAUCAGAAAGUUUUAAGCGCAGCCUCAAACUUUUCAUGCUGCGAGCGAACACGGCCAUUUUCUUGACCGGAUGUGGACUUUUUCCAUUAACCCUGGACUCUUUUACAUCGGUACCUACUGCAUUUCAGCUUAUCACAAUUUAG